AGCCAGCCCAAAAUGGCAGCGCUGGAAGAGGAGUUCACGUUGUCUACUGGAGUCUUGGGCGCCGGGCCUGAAGGGUUCCUGGGGGUAGAGCAGAGUGACAAAGCAGACCAGUUCCUAGUGACCGACAGCGGCAGGACUGUGGUGCUCUACAAGGUUUCUGAUCAGAAACCUUUGGGCAGCUGGUCAGUGAAACAAGGUCAAACUAUAACAUGUCCUGCUGUGUGCAACUUUCAGACUGGAGAAUAUAUUGUGGUCCAUGACCAUAAGGUUUUGAGAAUAUGGAAUAAUGAAGAUGUAAACUUGGAUAAAGUAUUUAAAGCCACACUGUCCGCUGAGGUUCAUAGGAUCCACUCAGUGCAAAGGACAGAACCUCUGGUGCUGUUCCGAAGAGGUGCUGUCCGUGGGUUAGAGGCCUUGCUUGCAGAACCUCAGCAGAGCAUUGAAGCUGUCAUAGCUGAUGAGGAAGUGAUCAAGUGGUCAGAGUUUUUCAUGGUAUUUAAGCAACCUGUUUUAAUUUUUAUUACUGAAAAACAUGGGAAUUAUUUUGCUUAUGUACAAUUAUGCAAAUCACAUAGCUUAAGCAAAUACACACUCUUACUUGGAAAAGAAGAAAAAGCUGUUAAGCCAAAUUUUACUGCACGUGUGGAUGGAAAAUUCAUCUCCCUGGUGUCAUUAAGCUCCGAUGGGUGUGUAUAUGAAACCUUGAUACCAAUAUAUUCAAGUGACACUGAAAAAAAUCAUAGGUUAAUUAGAGCAUUGAUGCUCAAGGCAGUUGUGUCUGGUGCUGCUCGAAAUGGUACUGCGCUCACCAUCCUGGAUCAAGACCAUGUAGCAGUCCUGGGACCUCCGCUUCCAGCUUCUAAGGAAUGCCUCUCCAUAUGGAACAUAAAGUUUCAAACAUUACAGACGUCAAAGGAGCUGCCACAAGGGACCAGUGGACAACUCUGGUAUCAUGGGGAAAUACUAUUUAUGUUACAUGGAAAAUGUCUAACUGUGAUCCCAUACAAGUGUGAAGUUUCAUCUCUGGCGGGCGCUCUUGGGAAGCUCAAGCAUACGCAAGAGUCAGACACUCAUUCCAUGCCCCAUUUUGUGGACUGGGAAACUUGUUCAGGAUAUGAACUUGGGUCCUACAGUGCAGAGCAGUCAAGAACUCUAAGGAGGAAAAAAAUUGAAACAAAUUUACAUCCAGAAGUUCCAGGAUCCAAACAACUUUUAUCAAUAAUAAAGAAUAAUUCAGAAAAACACAUUGAAGUAGAACUACGUAAAUUUUUGGCUAAGUCAACACCUGACUUUCAUACUAUAAUUGGAGAUAUAGUAGCAGGACUUCUGGGAAGGUGUAAAGAAGAACCAUUGUUUUAUCCAAGGAACUGUCUGAUGCAGCUCAUUCAAACGCAUGUGCUUUCCUACAGCUUGUGCCCUGGCUUGAUGGAGAUUGCCCUAGAACAUACAGAUGUUCAGAUGUUACAGCUGUGUCUGCAACAGUUCCCUGACAUUCCUGAGUCGACCACCUGUGCUUGCUUAAAACUUUUCUUGAGCAUUGGUGAUGACUGUCUUCGAGACAUUAAUAUCAAUAUGGAGUCAGUUUUUGAUUAUAGUGAUACCAUACACGAUGAGAAAAAGGAAAAGGAAGAGCAAACUGAAAUAGUUCAAAAUGGCUUCAGUCCAGAAGACGGUAGCUGCAGUAAAAGUGAUCAGCAAUUAAAUAAAAAGCCGGGCGAUGCAGCAAAGGAGACCAUCUCUUUCCCUGUGACCUCAUGUCCUGUGGCACCAAAGCGAGCGGCUCUGCUAAAUGCAGUUCUCCAUUCGGCAUAUAGUGAGGCCUUCCUCCUGCCACACCUGAAGGACAUCCCCGCAAAGCACAUCACGCUAUUUCUCCAGUACUUGUAUUUCCUCUACCUGAAGUGUAGUGGCAAUGCUGCCAUGACUCUUCCUGGAAUUAGCCCUCCAACUCUGAGCCAGAUUAUGGAUUGGAUAUGCCUACUUCUAGAUGCCAAUUUUACUGUUGUCUUAAUGAUUCCAGAAGCAAAAAGACUGUUGCUUAAUCUUUACAAAUUUGUGAAAUCUCAGAUUUCUGUCUAUUCCGAGCUCAACAAGAUUGAAGUAAGCUUUCGGGAGCUACAGAAAUUGAGUCAGGACAAGAGUAGUAGAGGACUUUACUCCAUUGAAGUGCUGGAACUCUUCUGAAAGCAGUUUUCCUUCAUGGACAUUCU